AUGACAGCGUACAAGUUGGCGCUCGCCGGCUCAAUGGCUGGUGGUCUUGCUGGUUUCGUUGGAAAUCCUGGAGAGAUCGUCAUGGUGCGUCUCCGGGGAGAUUUCGCGAAACCAUCGGCGAAGAGAUUCAACUACAAGCACGGUAUCCAUGCACUGUUUAGGAUGGUCCGUGAAGAGGGUGUUUCCUUUCUUGCUCGUGGAGUGGGACCCAACAUGUUUCAUUCCGUUCUGAUGAACGCCAUCUUUAAACAUGUCAUCGGAUAUGAUUUCUUCAAGGCUGAGCUCUUGAAGACAUCGUAUUUCCACGACAACAUUCUUUGCCAUUUCACGGCGAGCUUUGCUGCUGGUACCGUCGCGACGAUCGUCUGCUCUCCCGCUGACAUAUUAAAGGCUUAUACUCUUUUUGCUCUUGGUGUCAUCAAGGCUUCCUUGAAGAAUGAGGGUCCAAUGUUCAUGUUCAAGGGCUGGUUGCCAGCUUGGACUCGUCUGCAACCGACAACGGUCCUCAUCUUCUUAACAUUGGAACAGUUGAAGGACGGGGUUGAUUUCUCGAGAGGCAAGGGGUACACUUUCUUGUGA